ACCUUUGUUUAUUCAUAACUACUAUAUAUAUAUAUAGACCCUCCUUAAACCCUUUUCUUCAACAGCCAACAAAAAACAAGUCUUUUUCUGAAAACUUAAUUUCUCUCUGAUUUUCUCCCUCACUUUUAUUUCUCUCUUUCUGGAUUAUUCUCUCUGUGUAGAUUGUGGCGUGUUCUCGAUGAUGAUGAUGAUGAGCCGCAGCGGCGCCAACCGGGUAGCGAACACCGCAAUGUUUGUGGCGAAGGGUUUAAGCGGCGAAGUUGGUGGUUUAAGAGCAUUAUAUGGCGGUGGUGUGAGGAGUGAGAGCACUUUGGCUUUGUCAGAGAAGGAAAAGAUUGAGAAGAAGGUUGGUUUGUCUUCUGCUGGUGGGAACAAAGAAGAAAAAGUGAUCGUGAGUUAUUGGGGCAUUCAACCCUCCAAGAUCACAAAAAAAGAUGGCACAGAAUGGAAGUGGAAUUGCUUUAGGCCAUGGGAGACAUACAAAGCAGAUCUUUCCAUUGAUCUGGAGAAGCACCAUGCUCCAACCACGUUUCUGGACAAAAUGGCUUUUUGGACUGUCAAGGUUCUCAGAUACCCCACCGAUGUGUUUUUCCAGAGGCGAUAUGGAUGCCGAGCAAUGAUGCUAGAAACAGUGGCUGCAGUCCCUGGGAUGGUAGCAGGCAUGCUACUUCACUGCAAAUCCCUAAGAAGAUUUGAGCACAGUGGUGGUUGGAUCAAAGCACUGCUGGAAGAAGCAGAGAACGAGCGUAUGCACCUAAUGACCUUCAUGGAAGUGGCAAAGCCAAAGUGGUAUGAGCGUGCACUAGUGAUAACUGUGCAAGGUGUUUUCUUCAAUGCAUACUUCUUGGGGUAUUUGUUGUCACCUAAAUUCGCACACCGCAUGGUUGGUUACCUGGAGGAGGAAGCAAUUCACUCCUACACAGAGUUCCUUAAGGAGCUGGACAAGGGCAAUAUCGAAAAUGUGCCGGCUCCAGCCAUUGCCAUUGACUACUGGCAGCUCCCACCAGGCUCCACUUUAAGGGAUGUUGUCAUGGUUGUAAGAGCUGAUGAGGCACACCAUCGUGAUGUCAACCACUUUGCAUCGGACAUUCACUAUCAAGGGCGAGAGUUACGAGAGGCUGCUGCUCCAAUUGGUUAUCACUAAUUUUUUUUGCCUCUUCUGAUGUUGGAGUGUGGAAAUUUAAGACAAAUUUUGGUGUCAUUUUGACUAGAAUAAAUAAAAUUGCUCGUGACAGACUAUACAGUGUUUUUUUUUUGUUAUGUCUCAUGAUGCCAAUGUAAAUAGGGUGUGGUGGAGUCUUUAUUUGUUCAAAGUCAUAUUUGGAGUAUUUGUAAUUCUACUGUGCACUCUGUAAGGUACGAGUGGAGUUAUAUGAUAUCUCACACACCUCCAAGAUAUAGUUUUUGCCUACUAAUUCCUUGAUUUAUUCCUUUUUGAA